CCGAAAAUCGAAUGAAUAUUUGAAUUUUAUAAUAUAGUUUUAUGUAUAAAUAUUAACUGUAUUUAAUAUUAAAAUAUUCAAAUAAUUUUAAAAUAUUAUUUAUAUGUUGAAAUAUCUAAAAUUGAAUUAUUAGAAUAUUUUUUAUUUAAAAUAUUUAAAAUUAGCUUCGAAUUUUUGUCUGAAAAUCCAAAAAAUCUGAUACUCAAUAAAAAAUCCGGUUAUUUUGACUUUUUAACCUGAAUUACCAAAAAAUCGAUACAGAAAUCAGAUAUAAACCGGUUUUCAAUUUUGUUAUCCGAACCAAACCGAAAACUUAAAUAACUGAACCGAAGCUCAACCAAACUUUAUAAACACUGGAUCCUAAACCUCUAUAAUAAAGAACCGAAAGAACCGAAUGAACCGAAAGAACCUGGUCAUUUCAUAUAACCCGCUUAACCUGACCCGACCCCCAUAUUUCCCUUUAGUGGGCCCAUCGGCCCAUUAAAAUAACAAAUAACUAAUAGUCUUCUUCUUCCUCUUUCUCUUCGGCUCUGUAAUUUACAAUCGGGAAAGUUGUAAUCAACACUCACUUACGAUUGAUGAACUUACCCAUCAGCAUGCUUUCGAUGCUGUAACUAUUCUCAAAUCAUCUAAUUUCAGUCUCGUGGAGGAUCAAAACUAGGGUUAAUCUCUCCCUGACCAAUGCGGUGGCUGCUGCAGCGAACGGUUAGUUUCUCCACUACUUUUCCCAAAUUCAGACAAGGGUUUGGUUUUAUUCAGACAUGUGGUUUAGUCAACGUAAAGCUAAAAUGGGUAAAAGACAAGGAACUCGACGCCGUCGUGGCUCGUGAGAAGCAUCUCAAAGCAGUAUGCAACCUCGUUUCGAUCAUCUCGUCUUCACACGAUACGAAAGCACCGAUCUUUCACCUCAACACUCACCGAGGCCAGCUCGGUCUCCCUCAAGAGCUAAAGCUCGCGGCUUUCAUAAGGAGAUACCCCAACAUCUUCGUGGAGCAUUGUUGUCGUGAUGGCGGAGGUACUCGCGUUCCUUGUUUCGGUUUAACCUCCGAGGCGAUAGAGCUUUACAGUGAAGAGGUUAACGUUGUGCGGGUGAAUGAAGAGGAUGUUGUGUCGAGGCUGUGUAAGCUUCUUAUGCUCACGAGCGAGAGAACGCUUCCUCUGCAUUCCGUAGAUCAUCUCAGAUGGGAUUUGGGUUUGCCGUAUGAUUACAAAGGUUCGUUGGUUCGUAACCACCAGGAGUUGUUCUGUUUGGUUAAGUUGUCUAGUGAUCUCGUCGGUUUGAAGCUGUUACAUUGGGACGAAGGUCUCGCUGUUUCACACCACAUGAGGAGUGAUGAUGGUGAUGGUGAUCAUAUGUCCUUCCCGGUUAAGUUUACGAGAGGGUUUGGGUUAAAGAGGAAGAGCAUGGAGUGGCUGCAAGAAUGGCAGAGACUCCCUUACACGUCGCCUUACGUCGACGCGUCUCAUUUAGAUCCGAGGACUGAUUUGUCGGAGAAGAGGAACGUUGGAGUGUUUCACGAGCUUCUUCAUCUGACGGUUGGGAAGAAGAUGGAGAGGAAAAACGUGAGCAAUCUUCGUAAGCCGUUUGCGCUUCCGCAGAAGUUCACCAAAGUGUUUGAGCGUCACCCGGGGAUUUUCUACAUUUCUAUGAAGUGUGAUACGCAGACGGUGAUCCUUAGAGAAGGUUAUGAUAGGCGGAAGCUCGUUGAAAGGCAUCCUCUUGUUGACAUCAGGGAGAAGUUUGCGGAUAUGAUGAAUGAAGGGCGUCUUGAUAGAAGUAGAGGGGUGUAUCGAAAGUCUGUUGACGAUGAUUUUGGGAAGAAGAGUGGCAAGAUUGUUUAUCCGGAUUGGUCUGAAGGAGAGGAAGAGGAAGUGUCAGAAAAUUAUCGGUUAUCCAGAUAUGACUCUGAUUGUUCUCUAGCUGAAGAUAUGGUCCCGGCAGGUCAGAGACCGAGGUGGCAGUAGUAAGUUGGCCUGCAAUGUUUGCUACGGUGAAACCAAACAUGACAUUGUCGAGAGACCACAUUCUAACUUUAUGAACUUGAGCUUCAGGGGCAUCAAAUGGGGGGUUUUCAUUUGAAUCAUUUCAACUGAAUCGUGUCUUGCUUUUGCCCUGUUAAUGUCAUUCCCGCCGCAAACCAUGCAAGUAAAUCUCAUUCGAUGGAACGCUACAGACAUAGGACAAAGCUGCUUUGUUGUUGCCGGUUCUCCAAAAGCGCAGAGCGAUGUAGCAUUACUUAGGACGUGUUAUGUUUGACUGUUUGAAGCGAGCAUGCACCUUUGGUCUAUUCGGUUCAUGACAUUGUGUUUUCCUGAAGACAGGUUACUGUUUUGAAGAAGUAGUCAUUCCUUCAUUGUGAGGUUAGUCCAUAUUAUCAUUUGACUCUCAAACAUAGAAAACAAAGUCAAGACUUUGUUAUAUUACCUUUAUGAAAUUAAAUGGAUUGUUUGCGUUAAA